GAAACAUGAGCCUGCAAGAGAAGAGAGAUCAGGGCUGAAGCCUUUGCUCCAGCAUUGUGUGUGCGCGUUUCCCCGGCAGACUGACUAUUAGCUGCACAGGGUGCAUAUGAGAGCAACGAUCCUUCCCCCAGUUCUCUGACCUCUCGAGGAAGCUUUCCGGCGGUAGAAGAGACCUGCGAGCUGCACCCUGCCAUGCUCCCCCUGAAAUAACCUCCCAGGCACCGAGAGAUCCAUCCGAAGGAAGGGGAUCAGAGGGCAAACGCCAGCCAUCAUAACCUUAAGCAAAUAUUAGCUCUGCUGCUGCUGCUGCUGUUGCGCCUCUAUCUGGGGGAGCUGAAUCCAGGAAAAGGCUUUAUCCUCCUCGCAGGGCUGGGUCCUUAGCAAAGGGGGGGAGGCAAGGGGGGUUUAUUUGCUGAUGAUCGGAAGUUACUGACAAUAAGCACCUUCAUCUCUCCAAAGGCGGAGAGAGAGAGAGAGAGAGGAGGAGAGACGGGGAAGAGGAGAGCUGAUGCCUAAGGGAGCCGCUCGGAAGAGGCAGACCAAGCAGUAUCUCAACUUCUCAUCUUUGUUUACCAGCGCGAAGCGAGAUCGCUGGAAAUCUGCGGGGGUUUAUAACUGGAUCGUUCCCAUGUCAAGGCUGCGGCUGGGGAUUUUGCUCCAUUAACUUGAAGCCACUGGCCUCCCCCCCUCCUCACUCAGCGAUGUAUUCACUGCUCUCAGCCUGCACUUGCUUAUGUUUACAUUCCCUGCUGCUGUGCUUUCAGGUACAGAUGUUCCUUGCCGAGGAGAAUGUGGAUUUUCGGAUACACGUGGAGAAUCAGACACGAGCAAGGGACGAUGUGAGCAGGAAGCAGCUUAGACUCUACCAGCUGUACAGCAGGACGAGUGGGAAACACAUCCAAGUUCUAGGCAGGAGAAUCAGUGCUAAGGGGGAAGAUGGAGACAAAUAUGCCCAGCUUCUAGUGGAAACAGACACAUUUGGCAGUCAAGUCCGGAUCAAAGGGAAAGAGACAGACUUUUACCUUUGCAUGAACAGGAAAGGCAAGCUAGUGGGGAAGCCUGACGGCACCAGCAAAGAGUGUGUCUUCAUUGAAAAAGUCCUAGAAAACAACUACACAGCACUGAUGUCUGCAAAAUACUCUGGCUGGUACGUUGGAUUUACCAAAAAGGGAAGGCCACGAAAAGGGCCCAAGACCCAGGAAAACCAACAAGAUGUGCAUUUUAUGAAAAGGUACCCAAAAGGUCAAGUGGAGUUACAGAAACCUUUCAAGUACACCACAGUGACCAAGAGGACUAAGAGAAUACGACCUACCAACCCCAGUUAAAAGAUAGACAAAAACAGUGUCACAAUAAUAAACCACAAAAAAACUGCACCAGAGGAAUAUUUUUACAUUAAAAAUAAGGAAGAAGCUCUAUUUUUGUACAUUGUGUUUAGAAAAUAAUUAAAAAAAUCAAAAAAAAAAUAAAAAGACUGGAUGGCAAACGCUGGGGAAAGCUGUUAGGGAUUUAUUGUGACUUGAAAAACAAAAUGAACUGCUCUAUUUAAAUUGACUUCUUGUUGACACAUAGGUGCUUAUUUCUCUUUUUGGAACGGACAACUUUUCAAGCAGAUCCCCAGAGGAAAAACAAUUAAUAUUAAAUAAAAUAAAACCAAAGAAAACCAAAGUUCUUUCCCAAAGUUACUGAGACCCUGCCCUGAAAAUCACCAGUUUUGCAGUAAUCUAUUUAUUGUCUGCUGCAAACUGUCCCGAGACAAGAUGGUGUGUGCGGCAGUGAUUGAGUUUCUGUGGAGUUCUCAAUGCAUCGAUCUUCUGUAACCUUUCUGAUGACAUAAGGUGUCACGGCUCUGUGAUCCUGCAUUAUGCUCAGUUCUGGAGAAUGCUGCUAAAUACAUUCCAAUGACUAAAAGUGACCUAAUACA